AAUUAUCAGCAAAACCAGUUUGACAGGUCUAAAAAUAGAUUUUACCUUUGAUAGAAGGCAGCACAGGUGUAAACCUCACCCAGAUAUUUUUGUUUCGAUUAUGUUUUCAUUGAAUAUCAGCAAAGAAAUUUAGUUCAGAAUGGAUCAAAGGGAGAUGGAAUGGAAUGCCGAGGUUACUAAAAUCCAGCACACUAACUAUGUCAGAAAUUCAAGAGCAAUUACAGUUGCUUGGUUUGUUUUUUCUGCAUGCUACACUAUUUUGAAUAUUGUUGCUUUCAUUCAACCAUUCUGGUUUGGUGAUACCACAGAAAGCCCUGGCGUUGGUUAUUUCGGAUUGUAUGAAAGAUGCGAACGGGUUCAAGGAUCUGAUUAUAAGUGCGAUGGUGACUUUCUAGAUUUCAACACAAUCCAGAAUGAUUACUUCCGAGCAGCAAGUUUCCUAGUUGGCGGUGCAUCAUUGCUGUUCAUCUUCAGUAUCAUUUGCAUGUUACUGUUCCUGUUCUUGAAGCCAAGAAUAGUUCUGAAACUCUGCGGGAUCCUUCAGCUCAUUGCAGCUUUGUUCAUGGCUGUGGCCUGUAUCAUCUACCCAAAUGCCUUUGAUGAUAAUGAUGUACGUCGUAUAUGUGGACAGGAUGCCACAGCUUACAACAUGGACAAAUGUCGAAUACGUUGGGCAUACAUUUUGGCAAUUGUUCUCAUUUUUGAUGCACUGAUCCUUGCAGUACUUGCCUUUGUACUGGCUGCACGACAGGCAAAGAUGUUCCCAGAAUUUAAGAAACUUAAAGAAGAAAACACUCUGAUUACAAACAGCUUCUCCGGCAGACUUGACCAACUUCCUGUGCAACAACAAGCAGUGCGUCAAAAACACAAUUACACAACUCUUGGAAGUACAGAAAGAUUUACUGAAAACUUUACAACAUUUGGAAAUGUUAAUGGACAGAAUGUUGAACCCCUUAUUAUUCCUGUGGAUAAAUUAGAUGAUUUUUCAAGUAGCACAAACCCUUCAAGUACAAGGUCAAAUGGUGGCUCUAGUUCUGUAAGGUCAAGAAGGUCACAGGGUUCAAGGUCACCAGUAUCACAAUCUUCAGGUGGUCAUUCAGAAUCAGCAAGGUCAGAGACUGUUGAGAGCCAAGAUCUGGGCAAUUCACCAAGGUCUCAAACCUCCACAGUAAGUGACCUUGAGACAGACCUUGUAAACCCUGACCACAUUCAUUUAUAGACUUUCACAAAAUAUGCUGGUAUUUUCUCUGUAUUUUUGUGUGUUAUUUGGUCUUCAAGAUGUUAUUGUCCCCUUUUUAGCUCACCGGAGCCAAAGGCUCGGGUGAGCUAUUGUGAUUGCUCACCGUCCGUCCGCUGUCCAUCAUCCACCCACACUUUCCUUUAAACAACAUCUCCUCCUUAACCAUCAGGCCAAUUUUGAUGAAACUUCACAGGGAUGUUCCUUGGAUGGUCUUCUUUAAAAAAUUAUUCAAAGAAUUGAAUUCCAUGUAGAACUCUGGUUGCCAUGGCAACUGAAAGGAAAAACUUUAAAAAUCUUCUUGUCCAAAACCACAGGUCAUAGGGCUUUUAUAUUUGGUAUUUAGCAUAAUCUAGUGGUCCUCUACCAAGUUUGUUUAAAUCAUUCCCCUAGGGUCAAAUAUGGCCCCACCCUGGGGGUCACAUGGUUUACAUAGACUUAUAUAGGGAAAACUUUGAAAAUCUUCUUGUCCAAAACCACAAGGCAUAGAGCCUCAAUAUUUGGCCUGUGACAUCAUCUAAUGGUCCUCUAUAAAGAUUGUUCAAAUUAUGCCCCAGGGGUGAAAAGAGGCCCGGUCCCAGGGGUCCCAAGUUUUACAUAGACUUAUAUAGGAAAAAACUUAAAAAAUCUUCUUGUCUGAAACCAAAAGACCUAGGCCUUUGAUAUUUGGUAUGUAGCAUUGCCUUUUGGUUCCCUACCAAAAUUGUUCAUAUUAUGCCUCUGGGAUGAAAAGAGGCCCUGCCCAAGGGGUCUCAAGUUUUACAUAGACUUAAAUAGGAAACAUUUUUAAAAAUCUUGUCUGAAACCACAAGACUUAGGCCUUUGAUGUUUGGUUUGUAGCAUUGCCUUGUGGUUCUCUACCGAGAUGGUUCAAAUUAUGCUCCUGAGGUGAAAAGAGGCCCCGCCCCAGGGGUCCCAAGUUUUACAUAGACUUACAUAUGGGAAAAAAAAAUCUUCUCUGAAAGUGCAAGGCCUAGGCUUUUGAUUUUUGGUAUGUUGCAUUUUACCAAGAUUGUUCAAAUUACGCCUCUGAGGUAAAAAGAGACCCUUCCCUGGGGGUCCCAAGUUUACAUAGACUUGCAUAGGAAAAAAUUUUCAAAAUCUUUUUGACUGAAAGUUCAAGGCCUAGGCUUUUGAGAUUCAUUAUGUAGCAUUGCCUAGUGGCUCUCUAACAAGACUGUUUAAAUUAUGCCCCUGGGGUGAAAAGAGGCCCAGCCCCGAGGGUCACAUAGUUUUUAUAUGAGUUAUAUAGGAAAAAAUACUUCAAAAAUUAUCUGAUCAUAUUUCCUAGACUGUUUAAUUAUAAUUACCUUAUGACCCCAAGUAAUUAGGGGCCACUUGACUGUAAUUUUGACCUACUGACCUACUUUAUUGUUUUUUAAGAUACAGCCUUAAAAUUUGGAUGACAUGUACAGUUUUGCACACCGAUCUUAAAACUGAUUUUCAGUGACAUUGAAUGUGAUCUACUGACCUACUUUCUUGUUUUUUAAGAUACAGCUUUGAAAUUUGGAUGACAUGUAUAGUUUUGCAUGCCGAUCUUUAAACAGACUUUCAAUGACCAUCAAUGUGACCUACUGACCUACUUUCUUAUUUUCUAAGCUACAGCAAAAGGAUUUGGACCACCUGUAAUAUUUUUUUACAGAUUUCAAAAGUAAUCUUGCAUAAUCUUUACCUUGACCCACUCUCCUAAUUUUCUUGUUUUUUAAAGCUUUAGCUAAGAAAUCUGUUCAAGCAAACAACUCUACUCCGGUGAGCAAUAUAGGGCCAUCAUGACCCUCUUGUUUAAGUGUGUGUAGUAGCUGACUAUUUUAGUUUUUGCCAGUUUUUUGCCUCAAUCUAUACAAACUGUAUAAAUCCACCAUAAUUAUGUUACAUUUUUGACAUUGUUACAUUUAGGCACAAUAAAUAAAUCAGAUGUAAUUAGAAGUACUGUGUUGGGUUUUGUGUGUAUAUCAAUUUAGGUGAAAACAUUUUAAUCCUUUGUUAACACUACAAUUAUUUAUGUAAAUAUGCUGGUGUAUAUAAUUUUCACCUCAACCAGAGCACAAGGCUAUUGUAAUCACUUAUCAUUUGUUGUCAGUUGUCCAUCUGAUGUCCGUCUGUCAAUGUAAACAUUUUCUUCAAACAACAUCUCCCGAAAACAUUUUGAUUCAUCAAAAAAACAACCAUCUGACCUAAAAUUUAAAAGAUCUUCAGACAACUGCUGGCUUGAUUUCAAGAUAAUUUCCCCAAAAUGACCCUUGUGUGUAGGGGUGUAACGAUACAUCGAACUAUCGAUGCAUUGCGAUACUAAGUGUCCCGAUAGCAUGCAUCGAUAGAAAAGUCACGAUCCAGUAACAAUCGCCGAUAGUUCCUUCAACAAUCGAUAGUUUCGAUAGUUUUGAAAUUUUAGUAAAUACAGAAAUAAUUUAUAAUUUAUAAACCAAGAAACAGAGGCAGCUUUCAUUUGCGCCUCCGAAAAUGUUUACGUCUCCAUUACAAUAAUUACCCUCAUGGAAUUUAACUACCAUAAAGGACUGACAAGUCUGGAGAUAAUUAAUAAAUUUUGUUUCUUAGAAACUUUGAUUAAAUAUAUUGAAAUAACCUGUUAAUCUUAGAUGAGAAAAUGUACUAUGGACAUGGAGAAAGAAGGAUACUUGUAUUAUACAGCAAACUGUUCGGUAGGGCCCUUCAUUUAGUGCUGGUACACCUUAAACCGAUACGUUAAUUUUCAUCUUUUUCGAUGCUUUGGGUUAUUAAACAUGUUGACACUCGCAACAAAAUGGCCGAUUCGUUUGAGUAUACCUUGCAUAGGUUUAUUGUUUUACUUAUUGUUCCAAAGCCGAGGAAGUCAAGAAAUAUUUAAUGUUAGAAUUAUUUCUGUCCGUUUCAUUUAUACAAACAUCUCAAUGUGUGUAAACAGCAAUUAUAAACAGUGCCGUCUCUUACACUGUGUAACAAUGCCAGUUGGUAGCUUUACUGUAUAAAAUAGGAUGGCCGAUAACUAUUGCAAUAGUAUCGCCAUAGUAACCUGCAAUAGAAUAGUAUCGCAAUAGUUUUUAAGCAAUAUCAAUAGUAUUGCAAUAGUCAAAAUUGGCCUCAAUAGUCACCCCUACUUGUGUUCCACUCUAACAAUAUUAUUCAAAUUAUUUUUGUCAAAAAACUUGGCUUUUCUUGUAUGUUUAUACAAUGAAGCAUCGUUUGCACCAGCAUCAGUGACCAGGGCUGCCUUAGUAAAUCCAUCCUUUUGCUUACAUUUUUUUGUUAUCUAGACUAUAGAGCUAUUGCACUCGCCCAUUCAUCAGUGUCAGCAAUCUGAUUUGUAAGUUUUUGUAUGUCAGUAGGUAUCUCAGUAACCAUCAGUAACUAAACUCUGUUUAGCAUUUUUACAAAAUUAUGCCCCCUUUUUCUACUUUUAUAUAUAUUCAACUUCCUUUAGUUAGAGGCUUUCGAGUAGUCAAAUGUUGCAGUCCUCUGUCAGCUCUUUUUUGGAUUGCUCUUAAUUUUGGAUAAAUUAAGCACUUUGCACAUCCCCAUGUGACUUCAAGUAUUUAAAAUAUAGUGAAAAAUUUUAAAGAAUAAUUUGACCUUUUCUUUAACAGUUAAAGUAUUUCUGAUUGAUCAUAAAAACUUGGCCACCAGAGUUAAAAAUAGAUAUUGUUUUGGUAAACUACUGAACAGAUUUUGAAACAUUUUCACAGAAAUGUUUCUUGCAAAGCCCUCUAGUGAAAAUGUCUUGCUUUGUCAAAAACACUUGGGUACUGGGUGCUGGUUUUCUAUAUAUGGCUCCACAAAAUACUUCUCUGAACCUGCAGGCCAGUUUUCAAAGAAACUUGGUUAAAUGUUUCUUAGAUAACUCACUAGCAGAAUUUUUAUCUUAUUUGAGCACUGUGAAGCUGGUGAGCUAUCUUGGGCCAUCAUGGCCCUGGAUGGCCCUCUUGAAUGUGGAUUCAGAGCAGUCAGUUUAAUAUACAGAGAAAAAAAAUAUUUCAAGAAUUUCAGAUAUUACUUGUUUGUUGCUCCUACAUCUAUUUUCUUAUGUACAUGUUUAAGAGCUUCUUAAAAUUCUAAUAUAUGAUUAACUGCUUUAUAUAUUUUUGUAUGAAAAUGUAGAAAUAAAUAAUAGACUGUAAAA